ACAGAAACCCCUCCGAUGGACUCCCCAGGGGGCCGCCCCCUGGAGAGCGAGCCUGGGAUCGUGUCGCCGUUUAAGAGGGUGUUUCUGAAGGGCGAGAAGAGCAGGGACAGGAAGGCGCACGAGAAGGUGGCGGAGCGGCGGCCCCUGCACACCGUGGUGCUGUCGCUGUCCGAGCGCGUGGAGCCCGACCGGCUGCUGAGUGACUACAUCGAGAAGGAGGUGAAGUACUUAGGUCAGUUGACGUCCGUACCUGGAUACCUGAACCCCUCCAGCCGGACUGAGAUCCUGCAUUUCAUCGACAGCGCAAAGAGAGCCCACCAGCUCCCCGGACACUUGACCCAGGAGCACGACGCCGUGAUCAGCCUGUCCGCCUACAACGUCAAGCUGGCCUGGCGGGAUGGCGAUGACACCAUCCUCAGGGUCCCCAUCCACGACAUCGCCGCUGUGUCCUAUGUGCGGGAUGACGCCUCGCACCUGGUGGUCUUGAAGACAGCCCAGGACCCCGGCAUCUCCCCCAGCCAGAGUCUGUGUGCGGAAAGUUCCAGAGGCCUGACUGCAGGCUCCCUGUCGGAGAGUGGAGUGGGGCCUGUGGAGGCGUGCUGCCUGGUGAUCCUGGCCACAGACAGCAAGGUGGCCGCGGAGGAGCUGUGCGCCCUGCUCGGGCAGGUUUUCCAGAUCGUGUACACGGAGUCCACCAUCGACUUCCUGGACAGAGCCAUAUUCGACGGGGCCUCCACGCCCACCCACCACCUGUCCCUCAGCGACGACUCUUCCCCCAAGGCGGACGUGAAGGAGCCGUACGAGACGGACGCCAGGGCCUUCUCCUUCCCCGAGUGUGUGCGUGCGGGUGGCGUCUCGCCCUUGUCCUGUGUGCCUGCGGUGCCUCACGCCAAGACAGCCAGCGAGAGCGAGCUGAGCGCCACGGCCGCCGAGCUGCUGCAGGACUACAUGCUCACGGUAGCUCCCCCUUUGGUGCGGGGCGCCCAGGGUAGGCAGUGGCCUUGGGACUGGGCCCGAACUCGCUGCCCAUGGGAUGUCGCGAGGUGGCGGGGGACGGGCGGGGGGGGGUCAGCCAUGCUGUGUGGCCCAGGUCUGCGGCCCUUCAUCCCUGAGAAGGACGGCCAGCACUUUGAGAACUUCCUGGAGACCAUCGGGGUGAAGGACGGCCGUGGCAUCAUCACCGACAGCUUCGGCCGGUACCGGCGGGCCACGAGCUCCACGUCCACCUCCACCUCCAAUGGGAACAGGGCGGCGGGCAGCUCGGAUGACCAGUCCGUGCCCUCGGAGGGAGACGAGUGGGACCGCAUGAUCUCGGACAUUAGCAACGACAUCGAGGCCCUGGGCUGCAGCCUGGACCAGGACUCAGCCUGACCACUGCGGGGGGCCCUCUACUGUGAAGGAGACAGGGGCGGGUGUCCCGUGGCCGGGCCCCGCACAGCUGUCGGUUUUGCACAUGACGUUCCUGUCAACCCUCAGAGACCUUUAAAGACGUUUACUGCAAUGUGACCCGC